UUCAUAACUACCAGACCCAGAGUGUCAUUACUCAUUAGAUCUCACUGUAUUACAAAGUAGACAAAGUAGACGCGCUUUGAGAGAGAGAGGGAGAGAGACGGAGAGUGGAGAGACAUGUCAAGGCGAUCAGGGGCUUGCUUGAGGUGGUGCUUGGUGAUAUUUGCAAUAGUUUCAUCUCUGGCCGUGUGUGGCCCUGCUAUCUACUGGAAAUUCAAGAAGGGCAUGGGAUUGGGUGGUUCUUCUUCUCCUUGCCCUCCUUGCAUAUGUGAUUGUCCGCCUCCUCUUUCCCUUCUCAAGAUUGCUCCUGGGUUGGCCAAUCUCUCGGUCACAGAUUGUGGAGGUAAUGACCCUGAACUCAAGCAGGAGAUGGAAAAGCAGUUUGUGGAUCUUCUAACAGAGGAAUUAAAAUUGCAAGAAGCUGUCGUUGAAGAGCACAACCGCCAUAUGAACAUCACGUUGGCCGAGGCAAAAAGGGUGGCUUCCCAGUACCAAAAGGAAGCAGAAAAAUGCAAUGCUGCCACAGAAACAUGCGAGGAGGCAAGAGAACGGGCCGUGGCAUUGCUGACCAAGGAGAAAAAAGCGACUUCCUUGUGGGAGAGAAGAGCCCGCCAACUCGGCUGGGGAGGAGAAUAAUUGAAUCAUUCAUGCAAAAAAUUUCUAGUCGAACUACUGCACUUUACAUUAUCGGUAAUUUAUACGGGGCAAGAAAGGCAAAGUCCUUGACUUGUCUUCAGAAGAUGAAAAUGCUGUCUCCCUCUCCCUCUCCCCCUCUUUUUUUUCAAUUUUCCAUGAGCUGCACCCUUUGUAAGAUCUCUUAUUGCACCUUUUUGUGACGACAUAAUGGCAUGUCUUUGGUUUUGGGUGGAUU